AUGGCCUAUGUUUUAAAUUUUGGUCUCGGUCCCCUUUUUAAUGAAAAUCUACGUGCUCAAGUAAAAAGCAGUAUUUGUAUCACGGGAUACUUUGACGAAUCGACCAACAGAGUCAUCAAGCAAGGUUUCUUCGAGCGAUGCAAAGCACAAGAUUUGCUAGAACAUUUCAAACUGGGAUUUGCUGGUCUUCCUUUUGACAAACUGAUUCAAGUGUCAAUGGAUGGGCCAAAUGUUAAUUGGAGUUUCUUAAAUAAGCUCGAACAGGAUCUUGUGAUCGAACUUAGUGAAAAAAAUGUGGACCCUCCCGGUCGAUUUGAAUUAGGAUCGUGCGGGCUGCACGUUGGCCACGGAGCAUUCCGAAGUGGUCAUGACAUUGUAAAUUGGAAAGUUCAACAGGCUCUCACGUGCAGCUACUGGCUUUUCAAAGAAAGUACCUUGAGAAAAGCUGAGUUUAAAGCAAUAGCAAAGUCAACUUGUUUGCCGAAGAAAUUUUGCUCCACCCGUUGGGUAGAAAAUGUUGAGCCUGCCAAAACUCUACUUGCUAUUUCUCCACAUUUAGAAAUUUUUUUGAAAGAAGCCAAGCAAAGCAGGAAGGAGAGUCUUCACAGCUGGAAAACGCUGGUGGAAUUUUUUAGUGAUCCUUUCUACAAGGCCAAACUUCAGUUUUUUAUUUGUGUUGGACAGGAGAUUGAGCACAAAUUCCAAUCUCUGAACCCAAUGGCUCCAUUGUUAUUUGAAGAACUGUUGCAAAUUUUAACGCAACUUUUAAAACGUUUUUUGAAACCUCAAUUUUUUGAACAAUUUGAAGGACGGCCCUACAAAGUCGUCACUGCCGACUUGGAAAACGAGGAAUAUUUUCUUGCUUGUGAAAAAAUUAAAAUUGGCAGUGGAGCAGUAAGUGAAAAAAUUUCUCGUCAAAAUGUGUUCGAAAAUCAUCGAACGAUCCCCCUUCGAUAUUCAAUCGUUAGGGCAAAAUCUUGUUUUGACCCGGAGGUUCUUCUAUCACAACCCGAGAUUGCACGAAAGAGGAACGAACUUUUGCGCGAAAUUUUCGUUAAAGCUAACCGUCUUACCCAUUCAGACAGUGAUAAAAUUGAAUCUCAAUUUGACAAACUCGUGACAUUAGUUGGCUCUAAGUUGAAACCAGAUUUUGAAGCUUUUCAUCCAGACCCAAGUUGCAAUAUUGAGCAAAAGAGAUUAGUCUACGACUAUAUCAUGAAGGUUGGAGGGCCAAAUAAAGUCGAUAUUGGCUUCCAGAUGAUCAGAGAAGCCCGUUUAGCUUCAAAUCGCUACAAAAUGGCCUUGCAAGAAAAAAAAGCACCAACAAGAUCAGGAAAAGCGACAAUCGCAAAAAAGAAAGUUAGAGACAGAAGCUUUGAACAUCAGACGAAAUAUUGCACGUACGACUGUUGA